AGGACUCCGCCGCGGCCAGCAGCGUGGAGAGGCUGACCGCAGAGCAGCGCUCGCGUGCCGUGACCGUCGUCUACAGGCGAGCCUCCUCGGUGCGCUUCGCUUUCCAGUCGCUCGGGCCGGUGGAGGAGGGCUGCUCCCACGCGCUGCUGCUGGGAGAGAAGCCGAAGAACGACGUGAAAUUGGAGAAGGUCGAGGCACAGGAGGCUGGAUCGGCGACCCAGACUUCCGAGCGCUCUCCUGAGCGGCGCAGCGGCGGGGCUGGCCGCGGCGCCCGCGGACCGCCAGGGGUGGGCGGGUGGCCUCCGCGGCGGCGCCUUUGGGCGCCCGCGCGCGCGCCAGCAGGGGCGGCCAGGGCCGUGGCCGGAGGGACGGGGGGGAACCACGAGGAGGCGGCCGAAGUUCACCCGUGGCCUUGCCGCGGGGGCCGACUGCACUCGCGCGUGUGCGCGUCUCUCUCCCCCACGCGGCGGCUCUUGUGCACCGCCAUUCGCCACGCGCUGCUGGCGCGGCGAAAG